AUGGCCGAGAACAUUUACGACGAGAUAGAAAUUGAGGACAUGACGUACGAUGCGACCCGGGAAAUUUACCACUACCCUUGUCCCUGUGGUGACCGCUUCGAGAUCGCUAUUGCGGAUCUUCGAGACAAUGAGGAUAUUGCGGUUUGCCCAAGUUGCAGCUUGAUGAUUCGGGUUAUUUUCGAAGUGGAUUCCCUCCCAAAACCCGAAGAGGACAAG